AUGCCCUCCCGAACGGACCUGGUCGCCGCCCUUGCUCGCUACCCUCAGUCGCUCGUUCUCCGCGCAAACGCCUCAAAGUCGUCUGCAAACCUCGUCGAAUUGGAUGGCUGGUACCGAGGGACGCUGCGGGAAACGCUGAAGAAGCGGGAAGAGGAGGACGAGCGGGGAGCGUUCCUUGAGAAGGAGGAACUGGUCAAAUUGAUGCGCUGGAAGCUUGCUCGAGGAAAGUGGCGACCGCGCCUCCAAGACCUCAUCGCCCAAAACCCUUCCUCCGAAAUCGAGUCGUCCACCGCCAAAGCCUUCGAAACCGUCGACAGCGAUCCCGCCGCCUCGCUCGCGCUUCUGUCCAAGCUCAAAGCAGUAGGCCCAGCGACUGCUACUGCGAUUCUUGCUUUUUGGCGACCAGAAGUCGAGCCGUUCAUGUCGGACGAAGCGAUGGAGAACGUCGGGGCGUACGGCGAAGACGAGGCAGGGUCGCUCGGCAAGAAGGAGUACACGGUCAAGGCGUGGCAGGCGUACCGGAAGCAGAUGCGGGACCGGAUGAAGAAGGAGGACUGGGCGAGUAUCGAGGAGUUAGAGAAGGCGCUGUGGAGUUGGGCGGUCGAGCGGAAGUACGGUGAGGCAGCAUACGAAGGAGGGGAGAAGGCGAAGACAGCAAAGAAGCGGAAGAGCGAGGGCGGAGCGGCGGAGCAGACGAAGAAGUCGAAGAAGGCGGCAGCCUGA